AUGGCCGACGUUCCCCUGCCCUUUAUGCUCAGCACGCUCAAACACAACGAGCUGCAGGUCCUCUCCUACCUCUCCAAGACAAUCCACGAGCGCAUCGCCCUCCUCCACACGCACCGCGCCGACCUCGACGCCGCUCUCGUCGCGCUCAAGCGUCUCGAUGACCCGCGCGUCCCGCCCGACGACAAGCCGUCGCUCACAGAAACGCUGCACCGCGUCCUCGCCACCCAGCGUUCCGUCAACCACUACAUACCCUACAAGGCCACCCAGUGGCACUUUGCAGCCAUGGUCAUGGCCUUCCAGCACGCCAUUGCCCAAAUGACGACACGCCACAGCCCCAGCCACAGCCACACCCACAGCCCAGAUUCAGACAGCACGCACACCUACACCCAAGCCCACGACGCGCUGGUGCACGCCCGCGUCCUCGCCGUUAACCGCGCGCUCGCGAGCUUUGUCGAUUCGGCACAUGGGCUGUGUGCCGCGUCCCUUGGGCGUGUGGGUGUGCUGGAGAAAGAGGUGGCGGCGGCGAUGGGGAGGGUUGACGCGUGCAUGGGCAUGGAGUCGCUGCCCGUUUGA